CUAAAUAUAAAUGAAAAUCCUGAGGCGUUCAUGUGCUAAUCCUUAACAGUGAAAACUUCAGUACCGACCUAGAGGAUAUAACAAAAGGUAAAAGGUCUUUGUUUUCYAAAUUUCACUUCUAAAUUCAAGCAGUUGGUAAUCUUUUCACAACUGGAAAAAUAUUUUUAAUUCAUUCUGACUUUAAACCUGCUUGAGUUUCACAUGGAUAAUUACAUCAGUGAUGAAGACACAGACAAUGACUUUGACACCCAGCUCACCAUUCAGCAGAGUUUACAGGAUAUUUACAAGCCAGGAACAACCCAACAUGCACCUGAUAAGAGCUUUCAUUCCUUUUUGAGUGCUUACUAUAAGAAGAUAAUUGAAACAAUAGAGACAGGUGAGGAAGAUGCAUUGUCACACUUAACCAAGUACCAUUCUGCUUUUGAUGAAGCAGAUGGGAUAGGGUGGACUCCCUUGCAUAAGGCUGCAGUACAAUUAAAUAAGAACAUUUUAGAAAUAACCCUGAAAGCUUCAAAAACCAGUGUGUGGGAGCAAACCACCCAUAAUGGUGAAACACCACUUUUUCUGGCUGUCAGCAAUUGCCUCUUAGAAAAUGCCAGUUUUCUUCUUCUYAGUGGCUGCAAUCCAAAUGCUAAGAAUUUCGAAGGCAAUUCUCCUCUUCUUACAGCUGUUCUACGUGACUCCUAUGACAUGGCUACCUUGCUGAUCAGCCACGGAGCGGAUGUAAAUCUACGAUGUGCCAAUGACAGGACUGUUCUCCACGAGGCAGCCAAACUGGGCAGACAGGACAUGGUGAAGCUUAUGCUGGUUUCUGGGGCACACCCUGACCCCCGGAGCACCUAUGGAUUCACUCCACUUGCUCUUGCUGCCCAAAGUGGACACACUGAAAUUAUGGCAUUAUUACUGCAGAAAGGUGCUAAUGCUCAUGGUCAGGCCUCUGAUUCAUCUUCCAUAUUACUUGAAGCUGCUAGAGGAGGAAAUCCAGACUCUGUGACUCUCUUGCUAGAGUAUGGAGCUGAUGCCAAUAUACCUAAGAUUUCAGGCCACCUGCCCAUUCAUGUGGCAGCUGACAGAGGACACUUAUUAGCUCUAAAGAUAUUGAUUCCAGUUACGGACCUUGCUGCYAUUAAGCGGAGUGGGAUCAGUCCAAUUCAUUGUGCAGCAGCAGGAGCACACCCUCAAUGCCUGGAACUUCUCAUCCAGGCUGGAUUUGAUGUGAAUUUCAUGCUAGAUCAAAAAAUUCGUAAACACUAUGAUGACCAAAGGAAAUCAGCUUUGUAUUUUGCUGUAUCAAAUGGUGACCUCUCUUCAGUUAAGCUGCUUCUGGGCGCUGGAGCUCUGACUAAUCAAGACCCAGUUAACUGCCUGCAGAUAGCCCUUAGGAUGGGUAAUUAUGAGCUCAUAAGUCUACUGCUAAGACAUGGUGCCAACGUCAAUUACUUCUGCAGAGUCAACCCUUUGCAUUUCCCAUCAGCACUGCAAUACACACUAAAAGAUGAAGUCAUGCUCAGGAUGCUGUUGAAUUAUGGGUAUGACACAGAGCGAUGUUUUGAUUGUCCUCAUGGGGAUAAAAUUCAUCCUUUCUAUACUUUUGAAGGCUGGACAUCUACAGUUAUUAAAGAUACUAUGUUCUGUGAAGUAAUAACUUUAUCAUGGCUGCAGCAUCUCUCUGGAAAGGUUGUUCGAGUGAUGCUUGAUUAUGUUGAUCAAGUUCAAAUCUGCUCAAAGUUGAAAGCUGUGCUCCAAAAACAGGGGCUCUGGUCAGAAAUACAUUUUAUCUUAACAAACCCUCGUUCCCUAAAACAUUUGUGCCGCCUAAAGAUCCGCAAGUGUAUGGGGCGUUUGCAUUUACGCUGCCCUGUCUUCAUGUCGUUUCUUCCAUUGCCCAAUCGUCUAAAAGCAUACAUCCUUUACAAAGAAUAUGACCUUUACGGACAAGGAGUUUUUACAGAAAUCUGGUAAUCAUAUUAUUCUACAGGAAAAGGACAACAAACUGCCCCUCACUACUGGCUUGGUUUGUUCUACUGGAAGCAGCUAUCAACCGACUCUGUUCUUCCAAGUCCUAGUGGGAAAGAAAGAAAAGGAACUAAAUUAACUGUCUGCAGUCAAAUGAAAACUAUGCACUUAAAAAUACAUACUUGAGAGCCAUUUCCAUCCUUUUGUCAUAAAGAUGUAUGCAAAAUUCUAGCAACCUUAUAAAAAGAAAGGCUAUGCCUAACCAAUGCUACUACAAAGUAAAUUUGGCAUUAUUCUAGAAAUUCUGUAAAAUUCACAUUCAAACUUAAAAAUCGCUGGCAUUUUCCUCAUUUUAUUUUUUAUAGCCAAUAAUCUAAUUCAGGCCAUCAUCUCUUACUAUACACUACAUAAGUAAUCUCAAUUUUCAUAAUAAAAGCCUCAUAAUGGAUUA